AUGCCUCUUUACGAGUGUAUGGUUUUGAUGAAACCCCAUGUGAAGAAGGAGGCCUUGUUGGACUUGGUUGCUAGAGUGGGCAAGCAUGUGUUCAGAAGAAAUGGGGUGGUCUGUGACAUUAGGUCAUUUGGUGUUGUCCAACUGGGUUAUGGUAUUAAGAAGCUUGAUGGAAGAUAUUAUCAGGGCCAACUUAUGCAGAUGACGAUGAUGGCUACUCCCAGCACGAACAAGGAGUUGCAUUACUUGAACAAGGAAGAUCGGUUGUUGCGUUGGCUUUUAGUGAAGCAUCGCGACACAAAAUAUGGCCUGGAAUUCCUUAGCGAAGAUGAUGGAAAGAGUGAACUCAGAGAAUUUCCACGACUUAGCAUGAUGGAUGACAAAGACGGAGAUGAAGACGAUAACGACGAUGACGAUGAAGAAUACAACGUGGAACAAGAAAAGAGGGAAGCAGAGUGA